UGUAUAUAUAACCACCUAUCUUUACAUUUCACAAUGGUUUAUAAUAUUUUCCAUUAUUUUUUUAUUUAUAAAAAAAAAUGACAUUAAGAGAAAUCUCGUUGCCGGAGGGAAUCUCCUCUACGGCGGCGCAUACUACUACGGUAGACCCGCAAAAAGCGAAGUCAUCUCGGAGAAGAAGAGUGGAGAUCCAACGGUUGAAAUCGAGUUGCAGAGAAUCACAAAACGGCGUCGUUGAGGAUGGUGAUGACACGUGCGGGGCACACGGGGGGGUGUCGGUGAUGGGAAGAAGAAGAGAGAUGGAAGAUGCGUUAACAAUGGAGAAAGAGUUAGUAGAACUAGAGUUAAGCAAAAAAAAGUACGAUUAUUUCGGAGUGUACGAUGGUCACGGAGGAAGCCACGUGGCGGAAGCGUGUAGGGAUAGGAUGCAUGCGAUACUACUGGAAGAGAUAAUGAGAUGGGACACGUGGAGGAAGAAGGGUGGGUGUGGAGGUGGUGACGUGGAGGGGGUUGAUUGGGAGAAAGUGAUGGGGAAGUGUUUUGAGAGGAUGGAUGAAGAAGUGGGUGGUGGUGGUGAUGAGAAGGUGGAAGAGAUGACGGUUGGAUCGACUGUUGUUGUUGCUGUUGUUGGAAAAGAUGAGAUUGUUGUUGCUAAUUGUGGUGAUUCGAGAGCUGUUAUUUGUCGCAAUGGUGUUGCUGUUCCUUUGUCACUUGAUCAUAAGCCUGACAGACCCGACGAGCUAGCUAGAAUUGAAGCUGCUGGUGGUCGCGUGAUCAACUGGAAUGGCCAUCGAGUUCUAGGAGUUCUUGCAACUUCAAGAUCAAUAGGAGACUGUUAUCUAAAACCGUAUGUGUCAUCUAUUCCAGAGGUAACAAUCAGCAAAAGAACGGAAGCUGACGAAUUUUUGAUACUGGCAAGCGAUGGUUUAUGGGACGUUAUCUCUAACGAAACUGCAUGUCAAGUGGUAAGACGAUGCCUUAUGGGCAGGAUUAAAUCGCAAGAGUUCUUUAACCAGAUUAGUAAAAUAAGCAGUAAUCGCGCAGAAGUUGCUGCUGUUUUACUAGCCGAAUUAGCCAUCGCUAAGGGCAGCAAGGAUAACAUAAGCGUAAUAGUCGUAGAUUUUAAAAAAUGCAGUAGAUUAACCUGUUCAUAAGAGGGCUUGUUCAAGAGGGUAAAAAAAAUGUGUCUUUCUGUUUAGUCAGCCCAGAAGGAUUGACUUAAUUUUUGACAUUCUUUCUUCUUUAUUUUCACAUUUUGGUUGUUGCAACCUGUAAGAGGUUUUUUGUACAGCAAAAAUUCUACCAAGAAAGAAAAUUCCGACAGGUCGUAUCGGAGAGAUUAUUACUAAAUGCUAAUUAAGCAGAUUGUUAAUAUUAAUAUUUUUUACUAA